CUGUUUUGCUAGUAGUAUAUCCAGUGCCACCACAAAUUGCAGUCGUUACAAAUCCAAUUCCAGCGACGGAUUGCAAUAUAGCAUAUAAACUACCAGAUGUUACCGCUCCUCCGUAUGUGGAUAUUAAAGCAGCUAUUCCACUAGUAGUGAAUCCGAGUCCAUUUACUGCUGGUCCUGGUCCGGAAUUUUUUUUUGUUUCACAAAAACUUUUGUGA